GCUCGGUGAGACGCGCCGCUCAGCCUCCCUUCGACUCGCGUCCGAGCGGCGGACGGGAGCGCAGGAACAACGGAUGUGGCCUCACUAGUAUAUUAUUGAUGUUUCCAGACAUCCGCAGCAGCCCGUGUAGUCCUAUUGGGGACGGAUUUUUUUUUCUUUCUUUUUUUCUUUUCUUUCCUCUUUUUUUGGGACGCGCAAAGCGACGCAAACAGCCUCUUGAAAUUCAAAUUUCUUUUGUCUGCGCGGCUCGAGGCAACAUUUCUCAUGUGUGAUCGCGGAUUUCAGUGUAAACACGCCGGCCUGCGCUCAUGAUCGCAGGCGAGGGCAGAAGAUUGAUAGCUCAGAUUGUCCUUGAUCGCAAGUUGAUUUUUUACUCCGGACUGGAGGAACUGUGGGCUCCAAUGGCGUCAGUUUCCAAGGUCUCUAUUCUGGAUUACUUUAACAUUGUGUUUGAAGGUGAAAAUGGUAAAAUCGAGUCCAACUGCAAGGCUUGUGGCACCAGAAUCCAGGCGAAGAGGAGCGUCACGUCCAACUUCGUUACGCAUCUCAAGCGUAAGCACCAGGCCAUGUAUGAUGACUUUGUGAAGAGGAAGGAUAUGAAGAGAGAGGGUUAUUCCUCCGGUUCCCUGCAUACUUUCACCACCAAUGGAGGGAAUGCGCGCUGCUGUCUACCCAUCAACGCUGGAGCCGGAGGUGGAGGAGGAGGAGGUGCUGCUGCGGGAGGAAUGGGGACUCUUGAAGGAGGAGUCGGAGGAAUCUCUGGUGGAAGAGUAACAAAGUUUGACAGACAUGACCCACGUCAGGUUCUCAUCUCGGAGGCGAUCGCUAAGAUGAUCGUGCGUGAUCUCCAGCCGGUGUCAGUGGUGGAGAAUCAAGGCUUCAGGGAGCUGCUUCAGCUCCUGGAGCCGCGCUACACCCCCGAGCCGCAGCACUACAUCCAGAGUCAGCUCCUCCCAGCUUACGCCUACCAGGCCCAGCUGGCGACCCGUCAGGCCCUGGCUUCCGCUCACGCCCUGAGCCUCAGCCUGGAUCUCUGGAGGGGCUUAGCUGGAGCCACUUCAGGGUACCUUGGUGUCACCUGUCAUUUUCUGACAUCGGACUGGCAGAUGCGCUCAGCCCUCCUCGCAUGCCUUCCUCUGUCUGGUGGCAGCUCGGGCCACCGAGUGCUGUCGGAUUUCGAUGAAGUGUGUCACUCUCACGGCGUGUCCGGGAGAGCGUAUCGCAUCGUGGCGGACGCUUUCCUCUCAACGACAGCGCCGAAGCCGUGCAGUCUUCCAGGGUUCCUGAUCUCACCUCAUCUCGCCAACAGUCAAGGCGGAGAUGAUGAAGCCGAGGUGGACGGUGGGAACGACGCGGACCAGACGAGCAGGAAUGGCCACGGUGAAGGUGGAGAGGGCGGAGAGUGGGAGGACACGUUGGAGCAGAGUCUGGGCGUUUCUCGGGUGGACUGUUUCUCUCGCUGUCUGGAGCAGUGUGUCCGAGAAGGACUGCGCUCCUGUCCUCAGCUGUCCUCCACACUGGCCAAGGCCGCCUGCUUCUACAACUACAUCACCUCUGCUGUUCCACCUGAGAAACUCAGCCAGGUGUUUGACAGUCCAGGGUCGAUGGUGGGAGGACCGGGAAAUAUCACCAAUGCACCAAUGGACUGGGCUACUCAGCUAAAGGUCCUCCGGCGCCUGCUGGACUCUGUGGAGUUCCUGGAGGAGAUGAGUGGUCCGGGGGAGUUGUCCCUCGACGGCACAGAGCGGUCCCUGCUGAGGGAGCUCAUCGACACUCUGGAGCCCUUCACUGAAGCCUGGGACAUGGUGCACGGCGACAGGCAGGCGGACGCUCAGACAGACCGGCACGUCUCCAUCAGCCUGGCCCUGCCGUGUGUUCUGGGUCUCCGGAAGCACCUCGCCGAGACGUCGGCCCCCCACUGCCCCCCUCUGUCGGCGGGCCUCAGCCAGGCUGUAGAGCGUCUGCUCGCCCCCAUCUUGGAGAACCCCCUCUACAUCACUGCCACCACCCUGGACCCCCAGUUCAAGCUCACCUGGAGCAGCAACCCUGACUGGCACAGGCAGGUUCUCAUAGAGGAGCUGUCCAAACACUCCCCUGCCUCCAGCCCCAUAGACCUCAACACAGACCUCCACCCUCAGUCCCAGACUCCUCCAGCUCCAGCCCCGUCGCCGGUCUCCUCGCUGUCUCGGCCCUGCAAGCUCUUCUCCUUCAUCAAGCAGAGACCCGCCACGCAGGCUAAGAGCCUGGAGCAGGAGCUUGCCGUUUACCUGCGUGAGGAACCCACAGACGAAGAGGCUUUGCAUUAUUGGCGGCGUAAGGAUAUAGAUUUUCCUCUGCUUUCCCAGGUGGCCAAGCAGGCUUUUACGAUCCCUGCUGGUGGCACUGUGGUGGAGAGCAUUUUCACUACCGCCGGCCACUGUCUGCUCCCCGGGAGAGGCUGUGUUUUACCAAAAAACCUGGAAACACUCAUCUACCUCAAAGCCAACUAUAGAUUAUUAUGGACCUAAACAGGAAAAGUCACAUAUUUCUUUCAAUUAAACAGCAAGUGGAGGCUUUAUAUCUGCAGCAAAGCUACUUCUUGGCUACUAGCCACCACUUCCCUCAACAGAGCUAAACAAGCAACAUAAUCUUUAACCUGCACACAGUUUGCUAUCAAAUAUAAUUACCAAUCCACAGUUUACAUCCUUGAUCUAGUUUCCAGGUUACUGUAUGUAUGGAUUGCUGUCAUUUAUAACCUGCAUACAGAUGAUCAUACUAUAUACUGUGGACUGGAGCUGAGGGUCAGAAGCAGAUCAAUGCUAAAGCAUUUACUCUAACAUUAUUUUACCCGAUCAGGGUCUCCAGACAACACAAAAUCAGCACUCGCUGUUUUCUCAGCUCAAAAUACAGCUUCUGUCUGCACCAGCCAACACCCAAGAAAGCCGUAGCAUCUGAUGUACAGUAACCCAGGAAUAAUUGUGAUGAAUUCAUUUGACAAGGCGUCAGUUUGUUAAACAACAUGUUAGUGCACCCAUUGCUUUUUUUCUUUCAUGAUGUAUGUUUACGUCCUCACUGGGAAAUCAUAAUAAAUGAGUUUUACUUCCAA